AUGGCCAUGAAUUUCGUGACGUUCAACCAGGAUUACAGCUACCUGGCUGUAGCAACGGCCAAGGGAUUCCAGAUCUUCACAACUGAACCUUUUGCCAAGAGCUAUGAAGCGAAGGAGGGGAACAUUGCUGUGAUUGAGAUGCUAUUCUCUACAUCUCUAGUGGCCCUUAUUUUAUCACCGCGGCGACUGCAGAUCCAAAAUACUAAGCGGCAAUGCACGAUAUGCGAGUUGACAUUCCCAACAACGGUUCUUGCGGUAAAGAUGAAUCGUAAGCGGCUUGUGAUUGUUCUGGAAGACCAAAUCUAUCUUUACGACAUCCAGACCAUGAAGCUUUUGUCCACCAUUGAUACCUCACCGAACCCUAAUGCAAUUUGUGCUCUUGCGCCGUCUUCCGAGAAUUGCUACAUGGCAUAUCCGCUUCCGCAGAGGGCACCCGCAGCUGCAAAUGCGCCAGCGCAUGCUCCACCUGGCACAACGCAUGUAGCUCCCACAACAGGCGAUGUUUUGAUUUUCGAUGCCGUAAAGCUAGAGGCUAUCAACGUCAUUGAAGCCCAUCGCUCUCCCUUGGCGCUCAUUGCCCUGAAUACCGACGGAACUCUCCUUGCGACCGCCUCAGACAAAGGAACCAUCAUUCGUAUUUUCUCAGUCCCACAUGGCCACAAGCUGUAUCAGUUCCGACGAGGGUCCAUGCCUUCGCGCAUUUACAGCAUGUCCUUCAACACCACUUCCACACUCCUAUGUGUUUCUUCAUCUACGGAGACCGUUCAUAUCUUUAAGUUAACACAGCAAGGACCAUCUUCAGACGGGUCUUCGUCAUACUCUCCGCCAGGCCAUGACCAUACUUAUUCUCCCGAGGAGGAUGAGCCGGGUGGCGACGCUGGUUCGGAUUCUUCAUCGCGCAAACAUAAUGGUACACUGAUGGGUUUGCUACGCCGGACAUCGCAAAAUGUUGGUGGUGCAGUUGCAGCUAGGGUUGGCGGAUACCUGCCCAAGGGAGUGAGUGAAAUGUGGGAGCCAGCCCGUGACUUUGCAUGGAUCAAACUGCCACGCCCGAGCCCAGGUGCAGGUGGUUCUCCAGGCGUGGGUCCGAUAAGAAGUGUGGUUGCCAUGAGCAGCAACACUCCCCAGGUCAUGGUUGUCACCAGCGAUGGUAAUUUCUACAAUUUCAACAUCGAUUUGUCAAAGGGCGGAGAAGGAACUUUGACAAAGCAGUAUUCGUAA